CAUAGAGGGAGCAGGUGCUAUGUGACGUCAAAAGCCAAAAUGGCUGAAAAAAUUGAGUAUGUCGAAUAGACCGAUGGGAGACAGGCCUGGAGACCCAAGUCAGGGGUCUCCAUUUAAACAUCAACCGCCUGGCCAGCAAGGGAGAAGUCCUAGCUCUCAGCCACAGAUGACCCGUCCAGGUUAUCCCUACCCUCAGGACCCUAUGGUAGCUUCAUCUCUCUAUGGAACAGUGUUUGCCAGAGAACCUUAUCAGAGCGAUAGGUUUCCAGAACAGUUACAUACAAGACGCGGAAGGCUUUUAGAUGAUUUCACUGAUGGCCAUGGACUGGCAGGCAGAGACAAACCAUAUGGGCAGUAUGGGUAUGGUGAUGGGGACAGUAUGCGCAAUGUGGCGUCCAGUCAGACUGACUUGGCCCACAAGAGACCACGUUUGUCCAUGGAGCCUCGGCCAGAGUGGACACAGCCUUUAAGAAUAGAUACUCAAGCUGAGGUGAAGAGGGAGCCAGCAUACACUCCACAAGUGGAGGCAAUCUCCCCAACCUUGCCGCCGGAUGAGAAAUCUCAGGAUGCCACAAGAAUGUCCACCAAGGACGAACUGCUCCAGGGAAUUAGCAGAGUUGAUAAGGAAAUAGCAAAAGUCGAAAUGCAAAUAGGAAAACUGAAAAAGAAGCAGCAACAGUUAGAAGAGGAAGCAGCAAAGCCCCCAGAGGAAAAAUCAGUAGAUGUGGAACAGCCUAUUUCAGCAGAGGCUAAACCGCAGAGUAUUGCUCAGGUCAUUUAUGCUGAAAACAGAAGAAAAGCAGAAAUGGCCCAUGCAGUAUUGAACAAAUUGGGACCCAAAGUUGAUUUGCCAUUGUAUAACCAACCUUCAGAUACUGCCGUGUAUCAUGAAAAUAAAAGAAAGUACAUUGCAUUUAAGAAGCGCCUCAUUCUUCAUUUUAAGAAAAGGCAUCAGGCCAGAAAAAUAAGGGAGCGUUACCUGACCGAGAGGUAUGAUCAGCUGAUGCAAGAGUGGAUGAAGAAGGUGGAGAGAAUUGAAAAUAGUGCCAAGCGCCGUGGCAAGGAGGCAAAGUACAGAGAACUGUUUGAAAAGAUGUUUCCAGAAAUUAAGAAGUCUCGAGAGGAUAAGGAAAGAUUACAAAGAAGCAGGACUGGGAUUGGCGGAUAUGCUAGGAGUGAGGCAGAAAUGGAACAGAUUAUUGAUGGACUGCAUGAACAAGAGGAAGAGGAUAAGAAAAUGCGCAGUUACGCUGUCAUUCCACCUAUGAUGUUGGACGCUCGCCAGAGGAAACAGCGCUUCCACAACAACAAUGGUCUGGUUGAAGAUGCUAUGAUAGAUUACAAAGAAAGACAGCUACUUAAUAUAUGGACAGAGCAAGAGAAGGAGAUAUUCAAGGAGAAAUAUUUACAGCAUCCAAAGAACUUUAGCUAUAUUGCUAUGUAUUUGGAAAGAAAGAGUGUGUCAGACUGUGUGCAGUAUUACUACCUUUCAAAGAAAAAUGAGAAUUAUAAGCAGAUGCUCCGAAAGCAGACAGUGAAGAAAAGGCGCCAAUUUGCCAAGGCCAGCAUACGCAGAGUGGAGUCUGAUGAUCCAAAACAGGAAUCUGAGGAUGUUCAGGAGAAAAAAGAGCCAGAGAAAACUGAAGAACAGAGUGGUGAUGAGACUGGCCCAAUGCCAUCAGUUAAUGUUUCAGAUGUGGGUGGCAUGCACCAGUGUGCUGUCUGUCAGGUCCAGUUAGAGCACUUUGGCUUGAGCCGACCACUGACCAAGAGUAACUGUGACCUGUAUGGCAUGAAGGAGAGUGACCUGCAGGUGGACAUGAGGGUGUGCAGCAGCUGUAGGUGCCGGUCAGUCAGGAGGAGAUACACACAAUGUCCAGUACCAACUUGUAAAACGCCUAAAAGGAAAGUGAAAAGACUGCGGCCCCUUCCAGCUAAAUGGGCUGAAUUACCCAUGGAGAUGAAGGAUCCUAUCAUUCAAGAUUUGCAACUGACUGAUGAUAUAAACAAGUGCUGCUCUGCUUGUUUUAACCGGAUAGCUCGUCGUCUGGGUACCAACCCUCAGACAAAUGAACCACUCGUUCCUUUAGUACCAGAAGGUGGUGAUGAGGUGGUUGAAACAUCUCGCUGGACAGAGGAUGAAAUGGAGGUUGCCAAGGAGGGUUUACGCAUGCACGGUCGGGAUUGGGCUGCAAUAUCCCUCAUGGUAGGGACCAAGUCUGAGGCACAGUGUAAAAACUUCUACUUCAACUACAAACGCAAGUUUAACCUGGAAACUUUGGUGCAAGAGUACAAGAAAACUAAGGUCCAUGAGAGAACUCUGUCAAUGUCUGAGAGUGUUGCCUCCACCAUCACAGCCCCAGAGUCCGAGGGUGAAGAAGACAUGUCAUCCAGUGAUGAUGGUAAUGCAGAGGAUAAUGAUAUGUCCUCUGACACAGAUAGUGCUCCCAGCCCGCCACCCCCUCCAGCCCCUGGGGCAGUGGAAGCUACACCCGCUGGGGAAUCAGCUAUGGAUACUUUGUGUCCACCACCACCCCCAGCCCAGUCAGGUCCCCCUGAGACAGACAUGAAGCAACCAUCUCCAGAUAACCCAGGAGAGAGCUGUAAGAUGGAUGAACAGACAGAGGAAAAGAAUGAUAACAUUGACAACAUGCCCCUGGGCACCUCUGCCAGCACUCUGGCCCAGCAGAAACCCAUGAAUUUUUCUGAGACAAGCCUGAAGAGUAUUACAGAUCCAUAUGAUAGUAGUGCUACGGUCAGUGCUGAUGAAGGGCCACAUCAGGCCAGCCCAGGACAGGCCAGCCCUCCCAGACCAGUUGAACACAAGUCUUCAGAGGACAGGCAAAGGAUGCAGAUAGAAUCCCAAGAAGACAGAUAUGGUCCUGGCCAGAGGAUCAUGCACUCAUACCCGCCCACAAGGCAUCCACCCAGGCAAGACCAACAUUACCAAGGACCCUCCGGUGGUGGUGGUGGUGGUGGUGGAAGUGAUAUGACACAAAGACCAUCCAACCCACCCCAGGGGAAUGAAAGCACUGGGGGCGGUGGUAGCAAGGGAGGAGGCACUGGAACAGAGGGAGAUAAGUCAAAGAGACCAACAACCCCAGGAAGUGGACCGGCAUCAGUCCGUGAUCUUAUCCACACAGCCAUUGAAAAAAGUUUAGCACAAGACCUUACUGUGAAAGGACAGAAUAACAGAGGAGUUCCUGGCAUGCAUUCGAGAGCCAAAGAUGACAGUUACUUAAUGCCACAGAGACCAGGCAGCCCCAGCAUGCCAUCAAAUGUACAGGACUUGAGGAAAGACAGGCACAGUGCAGAUCACCCAAUGCCCCAGCCAAUGCGUGAGCACCCUGUCUCCUCCCUGGCAGGAUACCAUCAUCCAGUACCACAUGAUAGGAGGGAUUAUGAGGUUCAAGAUUUGUCAAGGAAAUCGACAGAGCAUCGUAUAUCACAAGGCUACAAGGGAGACCCUCGUGAUUUUGACCCACGCGAUCCACGUAAUCUAGAGGUGCCAUACAUGCAGCCUGAAAACCUGGGUAGAGUGCGUGCCCCACCCCCUGCUCAUUCUCAUCACACUCCAACUCAGCAGGAGGCUUUACAGAUGGGGCUGGAACCACAUGUGAGGGAGAUGCAUAGGUUUCAGGAUCAGCGGGCCAAAUCACCAUCUGCCUACCCUUUAGAGAGAGGGAUGCCACGUCCACCAUACCCCACUUCUAGUUCCUCCUUUAAUGCACCAAGGCCAUCCCAUCCAUCUCCACUACCUCAAGUGCGUGGAAGCAUACCACCACCUCCACCACUCAUCAACACAAAGUCACCCAAACUAAGCCCCAGAAAUGAAAAGGCUUCCCCUUUGGGUAUGCCACCCCCUGCUGGCUCCAUAACCCAGGGGACCCCCCUAAACCCUCCUCACAGCUCAGCUGGUGGGAGGUAUGAGGGAGGAGGGCGUUAUGAAGGUUUGCUUCAAACCACCACCUCCCACGGUGCCACACGCCCUGAAGGAUCCAUUACCCAGGGAACCCCUUUAGGUUCUGACCCCCCAGGUGGACGGCCCUCGGUCAGCUACGAGUCCUCUGUCCCUAGGAUGCCUCAGAUGAUCCCUUAUGAGGCUCUCCAUGGGCACUUGCGGCCUCCUAUGAUGUUCCCUGGGGGGAUGGACUAUGCGAGAGCAGCUGGUCUACAGGGGAUGUACCCUCCUCCAGUGCCAGGGUUCCCAGGGCCAGGACACCUCCAGGAGUACAUGGGGACCCGGGGUCGCCUCCUGGCUGACUUUGUGACAGCACAGCAGAUGCAUGCAGCAGAAGUCCAGAGACGGGGACCAGGCCAGGAGAAGGAGGCCAGUUUGUCACCGAGAAAUAGAGAACAAGCACAGGGCAACUACCCAGGCAGGGCUCAAGCAGAAUGCAUCCAGUCUGGUGCAUAUGGUAUCCCUCUCCAGACUCCCCAGGGUAUUAUGUAUGCGCCAUACCCAGGGCAGGUGCCCCCCUCCUCCAUCAGUGACCAGAGACCCAGGACUACCUCACCAUCACAGCAGAUGAGCUCUCUGUCCCCCAGGGGCAAUGGUCAGAGUGGGAGUGGGUCUUGGUCCAGUGGGCAGCCACGACUUCCUGUGUCCAGUACCUCUGGGGGCAGUAACCCUGGGGCCAGGCCCACAGAGUACCCUAGGUUUCCCUCUGGGUCUCCCCAGCAAAGGCAGAAUGUAAUAAAACGUGGUGGUGGCGGCAGCAUACUUAUGGGUACCAGUGGCAAGGGUGACCCGGGGCCAGAGAGACAAGGAGGACAGCAUCCAAGGGGAACACCUUCACCUAGAUUCAGUGGGGAGAGUGGGGGCUCAUUCCAAGUGUUAGUGGAUGCAGCAGCCAAUGCUCAGAGUUUGUCUGUUGCCCACGAGAGGAGUCGAGAAGAAUCCAGGUCACCACGCCUCAUGGCAGAGAUGAGAAUGAGAGAGAACAGAGACAGGGAACGAGCUAGAUAUGAAUCCGAGGUUGAAUCCUACCGCAUGAUGAGAGAAAGGUAUGAUUCUGAGAGAACCAGAACUGACUCAGAGAGAACCAGGACAGAUUCAGAAACCUCUCAGAUAGAGCAAGAUAGAGAAAGGGAGAGAAGACAGUUGAUGGAGCAGGCCAGAGCAAUGCCCAUGCCUAGAUUUGGCCCCACAGUGUCCACAGAGCAGGCAAGGUACGAGGCAGCAUUGGCUGCAGAGAGAGCACGUCAGAUGCAUGCACAGGCAGAGCACCAAGCCCGUAUGAUAGAAAUGGAAAGGGCACGUUAUAUUGAAGAGCAGCGCUCUCGUAUGGCACAAGUUCAGGCAGCUGCAGCCACAUCUGAGGCCUCACAGGCUGUUGACAUGCGUCCAGGAAGUAAUAGUCGUAGCAUGGAAAAUUUACGGGGCGAGACCAGGAGGCAGGAAGCUGAUCAGGCUAGCAGUCACUCUCAGCCUCUUGGUCGCCCUUCCAGUAGUCAAGAUAUUGUGUCUACUUCAAAUCAACCCAGCAGUGAACAGCCAUCGUAUGGGAAUCAGAGAUCUUCAAGACCAACUGAACAGUCAAAUGGGGAUGUCCCUUUAGAAGAUAGAGAGAAUAGGGAGACAGCAGUGCAAGAUGGAUUGGAAUUAUUGUCAGGUUCAUUUGAAAAAGAUGGAGCAAAAAAGCACAUGUCAAAAGAAGAGGUGCAACAGGAAUUGAAAGGAAAGGGUCAAACUACAAUGACAGCAGCCAGUUUAAUUGAUGCCAUUAUAACGCAUCAGAUUAAUAAUACAGUUACUGGGCCGCCUCCCUCUGAGCCCACAUCAACACAGCCCCCUCUGUUAUCAAAGCCAUUAAUUCAGCAACAACAACAGCCUCAACCCCAACAGCAGCACCAGCAGCAGCAACAACAACCACAUAUACAGCAACCCCCACAGUUACCCAGACCACGCACUCUAACCCCAAUAUUUAAUCGCCAGAGUCCAGAUACUUCUCAGCAGGUUGAACACAGGUCUCCACCAUACAAGCCACACAAGGCUGCUCUCAGUCGAUAUGAAGCAGAUGCCAGGGGAGAAAACUCCUCUGAGGCUGUUGAGAGUAGAACCAUGAUGGUAAGCCGGUCUUUGGAGCACCCAUCAAACAACAGCCCCAUCUCUGACAUCAGUGACAUGUCAUCACGUUCAUCCUCCUCCAACCACCCAUCAGGGUCGUCACAGGGAGGCCCUUCUUCUAAGACUAUUACACUCGGUGAGCACAUUGAUGCAAUAAUAAUUCAUGAUUAUCAGAAAAAGAUAGCAGCCAUUGGUUCUGGGGGAUUUCUUCAUAAGAUGGGCAGUCUCCCCACUGAAAAAAGUGCAGCAGAGAGUAGCACUACUGCUGCCAUCAAACAGUUACUGAACAGCGAUAGCUCUAGCAGUGUGGCAUCCACAUCACCCACUGGGUCUCCACGCAGUAAGCCAGCAGAUUCCUCACCAGCUAGUGCUGGAGUGACCAGGGCCACAGAGGGGGAGGAAAACAACCCAGUGCAACUGCAGCUUCUGCAACAACAACAGCAACUUCAGCAGCAGUUACAGCAGUACCAACAGCUUCAUCAACAGCAGCAACAGCAACAACAACAUCAGGCCUCGCCACCAGCAGCUCAGCAGCAGCAUUCACCCAUCAGCAGCCAGCCAAAGGUUUCUACUGGGUCAACUGGUUAUGUGCCUCAGUACAAGCCAAAGAGAAAUUUUCAGCAAAGAGUAGCUACAGAGGCUAUGGCAGCCCCAGAGUCCUCAGACCAACCUGUACAAGCUGAGGAACAGAGUGCCAGACCAGCACAACCCACUCCCCCUGCACCUGAUGAUGGGGUGUCCCAGUCAGACCAGAAACAACUGGAUUCCUACAGAGUGGAGUCCAUUUCACCAGCAGGUUCUAUGAACAGUGACAACAGUGAUGUAGGAAGCGGUAAACCAGGGUCUCCACGCUCUCCACGAGGUGGCAGCACCUCUGCAAUAGCUGCACAUCACCAGGCAAUCUCCAAUCUCCUUCAGAGACCAGGUUUUCCAGCAGACAGCAGCCGUAAUCCUUCAUCAGGUGGGUCCAAUGAAGUGAGCAGUUCAGCCAACAGAAACUUGUCCUUCUACAACAUCAUGUCCCCCUUGGAUUAUGUCCGCAGCAAAAUAGCAGAGGUAAUGAGAAGCGGGGAGAGUGUGGUACACAGCAACAGAUCCUCAGACCAAGCCAGUGCUUCAAGCAGUGAGGUUCCUCAUGGAUCCAGUCCUCACGUGGGUCAGUCAGGGUAUCCACAGGAAGGCACAGGAGCAGGAGACAACCCACAGAUGUCUAUGCUGCCUGGCAGUAGAAAUGGCGUGAGUGGAGGGGAUGGUAGAGAUGGCAGAGGUGGUAGUCAUCCCAAUACCCCCAGCUCCUCAUUUAAUUCAGGCCACCGGUCACCUCACCCUCACUGGCCAGGGUCACAACAACAACAACAACAACAACAGCAACAGCAGAAUCAGCCUCCACCCCAGCCACAGGCUGAUGGCCAUAACAAGCCAUCCCCAGGGGUUCUAAUGGGAUCUUCAGGCAGGUGGAGCCCCAGGACACACCCGUACCCGCCCAGGCCCAGUUCAGCUCCCAGGGGCAGCAUUAUUCAGUCACCAAUGGACAGGGUAAAUAGUGGACAAGCUGCCCCCAGUGAGCCCAGACCAGCCUUUGCUGACUCCUCUCGAGGGAAUCAUGAAGGAAGGCCCAUUUUAGACAUACGCAAAAGAGCUAUGGAAGAUUAUGGGGAAUCCAAGCAAGUCUCACCAAGACCUGCCAAGAAAAGAUAUUCACCAGCAUUUUAUGGUCAAGGGCCAGUCAGCUCUGAUGACCCACAGUCCAACUUUCACAUGAGACAGAGCCCCAGGUCCAUGUCCCCUUCAAGCUCAGAAAAUCAGGCUCCUUCAAAUAGUUAUGAGAGAUCACAAGUUUCUUCUGGAAGUAGGGCUAGAGAUAGCAAAUCUGGAGAUGGAGAAAUUGAUCAGAGUUCCUCCAGUCACGUAAGGGAAGCACAUGUUAGUGGUUCUUCAGAAAAGUCCAGUGCUAUGCCAGUGGAGAGCAGUAGCUCUCGCCGCCAGGAUACUGGUGUAGGAAGCAGUGGUGGUGUGGGAGAGGUGGUGACCUCUCAAGAUUCAGAGCGAGGUUCAAAUCAACCUGGGGAUGAUGGAGUCAGUACCGGGUCUCAGUCAGUGGAGGGUAGCAGUGCCAUGAGCAGCAGCAUAUCCCAUCAGAAGCAUAUCUCCAGUGAUGCUGAAGACUCUGGCCUUGUCAUUGAUGAGGGAAAUGAUGCAGACAGUUCUGCCAAUGCUCAGCCAGUGAGUCCUGCCCAUGCUAAGAUCUCUACCACCUCAGGGCAAAGGGAUAGAGACGCAGACCAAAGUACAGCCCCAGACACUGGUGCCAGCUCCUCUGAAGUCAUAGGAAGCUCUUCAUUACCUCAUUCAUCAGGUGGUGCCAAUGUGCCCACCUCUGCUCAAGAUGGCGGCACACUCGGAAUCUCCUCUUCGUCAUCUGCACUGCCAUUUGGCGCCAGUUGUUAUCCUUUCUCCUCACAGCCUCUGCGUACUGCAGGAGGAUCCCCAGGGAAUUCUCAGUUCCCCAGCAGCAGUGUUAGUACUCGUGGCAACUCGCCUACUAUUGGGAGUAAUGGUAGUAAUAAUGGGGUUGGGGACAGCACCACAGGAUCUGUUCCAGCCAUGUCAUCACAGUAUGAGACUAUGUCUGAUGAAGACUGAAAAAAAUGAAUGCUAUUCUGUCAUUUAAAUUCCUAAUAAUGGAAGGGUGUUUUAAGAAAAUUGGGAACCAUGGGAAAGUGUUGCUAUAAUAUUUAGAUGGGCAUCAUUUUAUACCAAGUCGAAAGGGUAGGGAAUACAUCCUCUUGGAUAGUAAAUGAGAACCUGUACUUUUCAUGGGACUGUUUUACCCUGGCAUGCUGAUGAGAAGAAUUACAAAUUGGAAUAGAAAGUAGUGAUUUGCAGUAGAAGAUGAAAUAGAAAAUGCAGGUAUGGUAAUUAUGUACUAGUGUGAAGGAACGUUAUUCACAUACUGAUAACUGUAAUACAAUCAGAUUUGCGUAAUGAUAAGUAUUUUUUGUAAAGCCUUUGUACAUAUGUUGUUACACUUUAUAAAGGACUUUAUAGGCAGAUGUAGAUGUUUAGUUUAAAAAUGAAAAUCAUGUCAGUUUAUGCAGACAAGUUUACAGAAUGCAUGAAGAUAAAAUCUCUGAGAUGGGCCCCUUAUAAUUUUUUAUUUAAAAGUUAUAUUGAUUGAUCGGCAAAAUCCCUGUAGAUCUUGUAAAUUUUAAUGCUAUUUGAAGUUGCAUAGGAUAGGAAAUUUGAUAUAUCUCCUUGCCAGUUUUUUAUUUUAUUUAUUUAUUUAUAUAUAUAUUUUUUUUAUUUUUGAUUUUUUUAGAAUCUACGUUGUUUUAUAUUGUGUAAAAAUGUUGUUUUUAUGUUAUUGUAUAGUUAGAUGUGUAUUGCUUUAACUAUCUUUUCUGGUGUUAUUUAGUUUGCUGUAUGAUAGCUGGGCAUUUUUAUAUGAAAGUAAUCAGUCAAGUUGUGCUGUAAUUAUUUUGUUUAUUCCCUUUUCUUUAUUUGAAAAAGAACGAUUUUCUUUAGUAGUUGUUUCUCAAGUGGGUCAGAAUUAUGUCUUGAAUUAUAAACAGAAACUCAGAAAUAGAAAUAAAAUAUUUGUGAGAACUUCAGAGGCUGUGGCAGUUUCAGAAAAUGUGCUCUGAGGGUUGAAAGUCAAGACUUGUAGAUUUUGAGGAGCAUCAAUAGAUUAAGUUACUUUCAACACAAAUGGUGUUGUACAUUCUGUUGAUCUAUGCUGUUGUUUACAGAGCCAGUUUCAUUAUUAUAUAGCCUCAACAAUAUGUAUGGAAACUGGACUUCUGUUUGUAUCAUGUUUACAGUGGAAAGUAAUAAAAAGCACAACUGUUAA